AACUAAUGUGUUGCCCUUCAGGAAAUGAGAAGUCUUUGUAUAGCAUAAUUUAGUUAAAAUCGAUGUCCUUCAUUUCAAAAGUCAAGAUUUCAAAAAAAAGAUUUGGUUUGAAGAAGCCGGAAGUUAUCUAAAUGACGUUUGAAAUGAAACUACGGAAGCCCCUUUAACUUCAAGAAAGAACUUUGAUGGUCGUGUUGCAGACUGGCCGAGGUGAUAUAAGGACACCAUUGUGGUCAGAGAGAGUGUUUGCCCUCGAUAGCUCGACGAUCUGUGGCUGUCCUGUGUUCACAAUGAAUGGCUGUUUCUAGCGAGACAGGGAGCGAGAGAGGGAGCGCGCCCGACUUCUCCAUUGAAACGCUUUGAAACAGCUACCAGCAAGGGGAUUUCUGUAGUGGUGCUGGCCAUACCGUCAUGGCUCAGACCCUUCAGAUGGCGAUUCCCAAUUUCGGCAACAACGUCCUGGAGUGUCUGAACGAGCAGCGUCUGCAGGGGCUCUACUGCGACGUGUCUGUGGUGGUGAAAGGCCACGCCUUCAAGGCCCACCGGGCGGUGCUGGCGGCCAGCAGCUCCUACUUUCGCGACCUGUUCAACGCCAGCGGCGCCAGCAAGACGCCGGUGGUGGAGCUGCCGCCGGCCGUGCAGCCGCAGAGCUUCCAGCAGAUCCUGUCCUUCUGCUACACGGGCCGGCUGAGCAUGAACGUGGGCGACCAGUUCCUGCUCAUGUACACGGCGGGCUUCCUGCAGAUCCAGCAGAUCAUGGAGAAGGGCACCGAGUUCUUCCUGAAGGUCAGCUCGCCCAGCUGCGACUCCCAGGGCCUGCACGCCGAGGAGGCGCCGCCCUCCCAGCCCCAGAGCCCCGUGGCGCAGACCACAGUGGGGGGCGGCGGUGGUGGAGGAGGAGGAGGAGGAGGAGGAGGUGGUGGGGUCGUCUCCAUGGCGACGAGCCGGCCGACCUCCUGCCUGACCCCGCUGCCACUGGUGUCCAAGGUGAAGACGGAGCAGCCAGAGGCGUCGCCCUACUCGGUGGUGUGCACGCCCGUGGCCAAGCGCCUCUGGGAGGGGGGCAACCGGGGCGAGGGCGGGGGCGGUUCGGGGGGCUCAGGGGCCAGCAUGAGGAAGGCAGCCCGCUUCUCCCAGGAGGCCGCCCGGAACAGCGCCAUCCAGACUCAGACUCAUCUGGGCCUCAGCCUGGCUCUGGCGGGUAGCGGCAACAGCAGCAAUGGGAACGGCACCAGCGCGGCCACCCCCGAGGGCACAAGCCCCGGCAACCUCAGCGCCUACACUAGCGACUCGCCAAUCUCUUACCACGACGACGAGGAAGAGGAGGAGGUGGUGGAUGACGGCACAGAGGAGCAGUAUCGACAGAUCUGCAACAUGUACACCAUGUACAGCAUGCUCAACAUGGGCGCAGCAGUGGCAGGUGAGCGUGUGGAGGCACUGGGCGACCACUCCGAAACGAGGAGUCGGGGGCGAGGGCGGCAGGACCUGGCCUCUCUGCCCACGGAGCUUAUAGCACAGAUCGGCAACCGCUGCCACCCCAAGCUGUACGAGGAGGGCGACCCUGCGGAGAAACUGGAGCUGGUCUCAGGCACCAACGUGUACAUCUCGAGGUCCCAGCUUAUGAACUGUCAUAUCAGCGCAGGCACCAGACACAAGGUUCUCCUGCGGAGGUUGCUGGCUGCUUUCUUUGACAGGAGCACUCUGGCAAACAGCUGCGGAACCGGCAUCCGCUCCUCCACCAACGACCCCAGCCGCAAGCCUCUGGACAACCGCGUCCUGCACGCCGUCAAGUUCUACUGCCAGAACUUCGCCACCAGCUUCAAGGAGAGCGAAAUGAACGCCAUCGCGGCGGACAUGUGCACCAACGCUCGGCGCGUGGUGCGCAAGAGCUGGAUCCCCAAGCUGAAGCUGCUGAUGGCAGAGGGGGACGCCUACGCCAGCUUCCUGCCCGACAGCGUCAAGCUGGAGGCCGACCCCCUUGGAGCUGAGAGCGCCUUCGACCCCACCGGCCUGGACGGCGGGGCGGUGGCCGGCUCGGGCGAGGUAGGGAUGGGGGCCGGCGAUUCCCUGCAGGACGUGGGUGGAGACAGCAGCUCCUUGUUUUAGGGCCCCGACCUGUUGGCCACAACUUCAGCCCCACCAUUCCGCACACUCACACCCCCUACACGCACACUCCUUCCUCCUGUCGCUGCUGCUGCUGCUGCUACCGCCGCCGCCGCGCUGCUUCCCAACGCCCUACUUCCGGCCGCCCUACACCCCGAAAUGUCACAUGCCUCCUCCCCAACAACUACCCCCCC